GAAUAACCAAAUGACCAAAACAGUACUAAGCUCAGAAUCUUCACCUCAUGUAUUAUAUAUCCAUUCAGAUUAUACACAUUAAACAGAUUCCAUGUUCCAUUCAAGUUUUUCUUUGUCCAUACCAUGUCUCUGUUGCUCUUCUUCUUCAUCAGCUUUAGCCUCUCAAAUCUUCAAUUUUCAACCUCCCAACAACAGCAAAACAUCUCAUCUUUCUCCAAUUUAGAUUCACCAUGGACUCCAGAUCAGAACAAAAUCCUUCUUUCUCCCAACUCCACCUUUGCUGCAGGCUUUUUCCCACUGCCCUCUUCACCAAGCCUCUUUACAUUCUCAGUUUGGUAUUAUAGCAUCCCAAACAAGACAAUAGUCUGGUCUGCAAAUGAUAACUCCCCUGUUAGCAACUCUGCUUCUUUAGUCAUUUCGCCGUCAGGGGUAUUAACCUUGAUUAACAGCUCUUAUGGUCAAAAUUUGUGGCCUUCAAGGCCUGUUAGCAACUCAAACUCCACACAACUCAUCCUCCAGGAAAGUGGCAACUUGGUCUUUGGGACAUGGCAAAGUUUUGCUAAUCCAACUAAUACAAUUCUUCCCAGUCAGAAUAUUAAUGGUACAAUUUUAACUUCCAAGAAUGGGAAGUUCAAGUUUAUCAAGUCUAAUCAACUAGUUUACAAUGACAAUCCCUCCAACUACUGGAGCAUUGGUAAUGCUUUUCUCAGCUUGGAUAAUCUGGGGAAGAUUUCCAUGGCGAACGGCUUUUCUUACAUUUCGUCAGACUAUGGGGAUAAGAAGUUGAGAAGACUGACUCUUGAUGAAGAUGGUAAUCUCAGACAUUACAGCUUUAAUCCAAUUUCUGGUGUGUGGACAGAUGUUUGGAGGGCCAUGUACAAUUUGUGUCGAAUUCAAGGUACUUGUGGUCUUAAUGCUAUCUGUGUAUAUGAUCCUUUGGUUACUUUUGUUUCUUGCACAUGCCCUCCAGGAUUCAAGAAAAAUUCUCUUGAUCCCAAUUCUUGUGAUAGGAUAAAUCCAAUUACAGACCUGAAAAGUACCAAGUUUUUACAAUUGGAUUAUGUCAAUUUUACUGGAGGAACAAACCUGACAUUUUUUAUGGUGUCAAAUUUCACCACUUGCCAAGCUGAAUGCCUAAGGAGGCAAAAUUGCCUGGGAUUUCUGUACAGGUAUGAUGGUACUACUACUUGCAUACUUCAAUUGGACAGACUUUUUUAUGCAUAUUGGUCCUCAGGUGUUAAGGGUGCCUUUUUCUUGAGGGUUGAUAAAUCUGAGACAGCCACUGAACCAAAAUUCACUGGCCUGACCUCUGUCUUGGAAACUUCUUGUCCUGUCACAAUUAGGCUUCCAUUUCCACCGGAAGAGUCCUCUGCCACCACUAGGAAUAUUGUGAUUAUAUCUAUAUUUUUGGCAGCUGAAUUGAUUAGUGGGGUUUUCUUUUUUUGGGCUUUUCUCAAGAAGUACACUAAGUAUAGGGACAUGGCUAGGACAUUUGGGCUUGAGAGUGUACCAGCAGGUGGACCUAAAAGGUUUAGCUAUUCUGAAAUUAGAGAGGCAACCAAAAAUUUUUCUCAAGUUGUUGGAAAAGGUGGUUUUGGUAUUGUUUACAAAGGAAAUUUAAGGGAUGGUAGGGUUGUUGCUGUUAAGGUUUUGAAAAAUGUUACAGGCGGGGAUUCUGAUUUUUGGGCUGAGGUAACAAUUAUUGCCCGGAUGCACCAUCUCAAUUUGGUCACAUUAUGGGGUUUUUGUACUGAGAAGGGUAGGAGGAUGCUAGUGUACGAGUAUGUGGCCAAUGGCUCGUUAGACAAGUUCAUUUUUCAGAAAAACGUUGAUACAUCAAAUCUGCAACGAGAAAAUAUUUCGAAUUCGAGUUUAGGUCAAAGACCUGUGCUUGAAUUGAAUAUCCGAUAUCGGAUUGCAGUUGGUGUGGCAAGAGCAAUUGCAUACUUGCAUGAAGAAUGUUUAGAAUGGGUGCUACAUUGUGACAUAAAACCUGAAAACAUCCUUUUGGGGGAAGAUUUUUGCCCAAAGGUAUCCGAUUUCGGGCUAGCCAAGUUGAAGACAAAGGAGGACAGAAUGAGCAUGUCCGGAAUCCGGGGCACCCGCGGAUACUUGGCGCCGGAGUGGGUUCGAGGUGAUCGACAAAUUACGUCAAAAUCCGAUGUCUACAGUUUUGGCAUGGUUCUGUUGGAAAUAGUGACUGGUGUGAGAAAUUUUGAGCAACAAAAUUCAAAGAUGGAGAGUGAUCAGUGGUAUCUUCCAAUGUGGGCAUUUGAUAAGGUGUUCAAGGAAAUGAAUGUUGAUGAGGUCUUGGACCCAAAAAUCAGGCAGUCUCAUGAAAACAGAUCCCAUUUAGAUAUAGUCAAUAGGAUGGUGAAGACAGCAAUGUGGUGCCUUCAGGAUAGACCAGAUGAUAGGCCAUCAAUGGGAAAAGUGGCCAAGAUGUUGGAAGGGACAGUGGAGAUCACAGAACCUAAAAGGCCUGUAAUAUUCUACCUGGGGACGGAUGAACAUACUGGGACUUUGAACAACCCUACCCAACAUUAGUCCUAUGAAAUGUAGAUUGCAGAGCUUUUAGAUUGAUGAUUCUCUACAGACGCCUAUCUUUCUACCAUGUAAAAAUCAGUUUUGUCAAUUGCUACAGUGUUGUGAUAGAAGUUACUAUAUUACAGCUUUAGCACUAACUCUAGAAAAUUAGUAGGGUGACAAAUUUAGUUCCCUUGUGAUCUAAAGUCAGUACACUUUUGCAAUGUGAUACGAAAAUGGAUAGCAGGGAAAAAGUUUCAUUUU